GCGUCACAGUACGCGUCGAAAAGAUGGUGGAUUGCGGAAAGGCACGUCUUUUGGGUAUCGCCGUUGAAUAUUCCGCAGUUUAGAAAAGCUUUGACGAGACGGGGUAUCGUAGUUGGUCGAUUUUUAAGUCCGAAAAGGUAAAAAAUGGGUUCGAACAAACGUCAUAAAACCGAGAAGAACCGGGACGCAAAGAAGAAGCGUCACCGUAGCCGAUCACGAAGUUAUACGCCUGAACGCGAGAAAACGGAAAAGCACAGGCACCAUAAAAAGCAUAGAAGAAAAGAGCGCAAGGAUUAUGACAGCGAUGUCGAAAUAGUUAAUGCUCCUCCUCCGCCAAAAAUCUCUAAGUCUUCGCAUCCAUCUACACCUCCACCUCCUGAAAUUUCCAAGCAACGUAGCCCAUCGCCAGCCAAAGGUGGCGCCGCACAGACCUCUCUAUCCAUCGAAGAGACAAAUAAGUUACGAGCAAAAUUAGGUUUAAAGCCAUUGGAAGUUGACAGUACUUCUAAAGACGAUCCUAAUAAGAUCAAAGAUGAUUUGGGAGAGUUCUAUCACAAGCCUGCUCCCGAUGUUAAUGAGAAACUGAGGACACAAAAGUUGAAGGAAAAAAUUGGCACUCAGAAACAGAAAAGGCAAAUUGAAGCCAAUCUGUCCAAAGUAAAAAGUUUGGCUGAAUGCGACUCUGAUGAUGAUACUAAAGCUUGGAUCGAGAAAAACAGACGUUUGGAUGAGGAAAAGAAAAAGGCGGAAGAAAGGGCAAAGAUGUUGGAUCAGCUGGAUGAGGAAUUUGGAAUUGGAAAUCUGGUUAAGGAAGAAAUACAUACUGCUCGAAAUACAGCUUAUACAGAGAAGAACUUAAAGGGUCUGAAAGUAGAGCAUAAUAUUGACAAGUUUGAAGAAGGAAAAAUAGUUAUUUUAACUCUAAAAGACCAGCAAGUAUUGGACGAGAGCGGCGAUGUACUCGUAAAUGUAAACAUAACAGACGAGGAACGUUACCAACGCAAUAUAUUAAAUAAAGCUAAAAAGCCUGGUUACGAUGCGUACGAUGACGAUAAUUUUGACGAGUUUGGUUUUUCGAAAAACACUAUCUUGGAGAAGUACGACGAAGAAAUUGAGGGCCAGAAAAGAGAUAAUUUCGUAUUAGGAAUCAAUAUGAAAGAUGCCAGACAGUCUAAACUUGAUCACGUUAAACAACGUUUGGCAAAUAAGCGAUUAGAAUCGUUACAGUUAGCGGAGCCAAAAUUAGCUAGCGAAUAUUUCAACGAGGAGGAACUUGCAACGUUCAAGAAACCAAAGAAGAAGGUUCGAAAGAUCAGGAAGAAACUAAAGGCAGACGAUCUGAUUCCCGAAGGUAACGAUUAUCUUCGAGAUCUAGGAAGUAGGAGAAGCAAACGACCUGAAGACGUGAAAGAAAAUGAUAAUUUGGACGUAGAUGACUUGGGAGCUCCCGCCGAGGACCUCAGCGGAAUAAAAUUAGAAGAAGACGAUAAGGAACUAGAAUUGCAACUAGCAUUGAAGAAAGCUCAACGUUUGAAAGAAUCGCAAUUGUCGACUAUAGAACAAGUUGUUGAAACUAUAAAACACGAGCCGUCAGGUUCGGAGGAUAGUCAGUCUGGGAAUAUCGUCCUUAAUGCUACUGCAGAAUUUUGCAGAACUUUGGGAGACAUUCCUACCUAUGGUCUUGCUGGAAAUAGAGAGGAAAAUGGCCAGGAACUUAUGGACUUCGAGAUCGAUGGAGUGAAGGAGGAACCACCGGUAAAUGAGGAAGAAGACGAUGGUCGCGGCGCGUGGAAUACAGUGCAAUUAGACGAGAGCACAUCGGAGCCAGUAGCAUUGGAAGCCGCAAUUCUAGACGCGGAGCCUUCCCUUGGUCAUGGCGUUAGCGGAGCAUUAAAGCUCGCUAUGAGCAAAGGUUAUUUACAAAAGGAAGACAGUAGUCGACCGUCUGCAUCGCGUUUUGCUCACUUACAGGCUCAAAACUACUCGAUAGAGGAUAAAACUUACGGAGACGACGAUAAAUUCGGCAGAAGAGAUCGUUUCAAUGGUCCAACCUCUGAAUUUAAAGAGAAAGAUGGCUUUAAACCGAACGUAAAGUUAGAGUACAUCGAUGACGAUGGACACGUUCUGAGCGCGAAGGAAGCGUUCCGGUAUCUUUCGCACAAAUUCCAUGGGAAAGGUCCGGGAAAGAACAAGGUCGAAAAGCGAAUGAAGAAAGCUGAACAGGAAGUUUUAAUGAAACGUAUGUCCUCCACGGACACUCCCCUAGGUACGCUUAAUUUAUUGCAGGCGAAGCAAAAAGAAACUCAGUCUCCGUACAUAGUGCUCAGUGGUAGCAAGCAAAUGCAAACGACUAGUAUAUCGAAGUCAAAGCAUUAAAGAUUUUAAAGCUGACUUUAAUGAAAGUUGUAUAUAAUAUACAGACAGAAGAAAACCUCUUAUCAGCACUUUGUCAAACGGAACAGUGAGUUACUCGUACGAGAAAUAAAACAAUUGCACAUGUUCUGAUUUGUUAAUACCCAUACAGAAUAAUAAAAUAACAUUUGUGAAUUUAUGAAAGAGGUUGGUCAUUUUCACGCAUCUCCGUUUCUUGUUCAACUCAACCUCCAAAAAUGCUAUACUACCGAUAGAAAUUUCAGUUUAAUUUUUAUGCUCGAUAUGGCCCGAAUAUUACUCAUACUAUGCGUAAGUUAGAUAUAAAAUUUUCAGUACGGUUGUCUGAGAAAAUUGUUUAAAUUUCCUCGAUAUAUAUAUAUAUAUAUAUAUACAAAGUAGUACAAAUUCAUAUUUUGUCAUUUUUUUUUUUUCUUUCUUUUAUGAUUGUAUACUUAUUCAAAAUAUUUUCUUACUUUAAGGAAGUACAUUUACUGCUAUUACGAUAAAAUUAAAAAGAACAAACGACGUCCAUGACUACAUCUAUGCUAAGAGAUGUAACAUGUUCGUAAAAGGCUACAAAUAUUUUAACACGACAGUUACACCUUUACUUCCAUAUUCUCGAUCGUAAUUAACUUUUAAAAUCUAUCCAUACGAAUCACGACUCGAAAUAUACAAAUUUAAAUACUACAAAAUAUUUUAUUGUUUCUAACGAUCACUAUAUAAACAUCUGCUGAACAUUCAUUUUCGUAUCAUUAAUUAGCAUGAAGCGGGUAAUGUGAAUUGAAAAUAUUUUUUUUUUGUCUCGUCAAAUGAAACAUUUUGCGAUCAGUUGUCAAUGAAAUGUUUCAUAACAUUCGUUACCAACAUUGUUGAGUAUUUUUACAAUUUAUCGGUAUCGCGAUCACGCGUAGGGAAAAAUGGUAACGUUUUCGUUACUGUUAGAAUGCUGAAUGGCAUUAAAUAUGUCCCUGAUAUCACAAGGCUUUACUUUGUGCAAAAAUAGUAAUACUUGAUUCCACGAAUCUUAUACAGUGCACAAGAGCCUAUAAAUUAUAUUUUAUAAAUACGCGUUUCCCCAAUUAUACGCGAUAUAGUUACACAUUUUAUGACAAUCAUUUAGAAGACUUACUUUUCUCUACUUGCUAUUCACAAUUCUUUAUUUUUGGAAAGUUUGGCACUUCUCUCGACGGU